GACAUCAUCAUCGUCAUACCCAUAAAUCGCCACGUCGUCCGGUAGCGGAAAAAAGAUCGGCGUUUUUUUCCGCUGGCGCCAUAUAUUCAAACAAUAAGCUUUUACCGGCAUUAACGAUUCUAUCUGUAAUUGUAUCAGGUUUUUGCUUCGAAGAUCCCAAUGCGCGGGCUUCGCCGGCGACUUUCGCGAACUCUUGUGUUGAAAAACCAACCAUUCUUCAGAUUUCUAAGAUUCUUCCUCAGCGAUCGAAGUCCUGGGGAGUACCGUCGCGAUUCAUACGAUUACACUAACCUAUUACAGCAUUGUAGAACCAUCAGGAGCGUUCAAGAACUACACGCCCAAAUCAUCGUUGAAGGUCUCGACCAAAACGGAUUCCUAGCCACGAAAUUAAUCGGCAAAUACGCCGAGCAUGGCGACUCGAAAAUGGGAGUUGCACGGAAGGUGUUCGACAGAUUGGUUGAGAGAGAUGUGUUCGUGUGGAACGUGGUGAUUCGAGGGUACGCCAAUUGGGGACCGUUUGAUGAAGCCCUCAACCUGUUUGAUGAAAUGCGAGUCAAUGGCGCACCCACCAAUCGUUACACAUUCCCUUUUGUGUUGAAGGCAUGUGGCGCUAUGAAGAACAGGGACAAGGGGAAGGUUGUUCAUGGACACGUUUUGAAAUCGGGGUUGGACUUGGAUUUGUUCGUGGGCAAUGCUCUGAUCGCGUUUUAUGCCAAGUGCCUGGACAUUGAAACAACUAGGAAGGUGUUUGAUGAAAUGCCUCUGAAAGAUAUUGUUAGUUGGAACUCUAUGAUUGCUGGGUUUACUUCAAAUGGGAAAGUGGAUGAAGCCAUCAUGCUUUUUCAUGCCAUGGUGCAUAAUCAAGGUGCUUGCUCACCUGAUAAUGCUACUCUUGUUGGGAUUCUGCCUGCUUGUGUUUCAAAAUCUGCCGCCCAGGUCGGCUUCUGGGUCCAUUCCUAUGUUAUAAAGACAGGAAUGCAAGUUGGUGCUCCUUUGGGUAGUUGUCUCAUUUCAAUGUAUGCCAACUGUGGUCAUGUGAACAUUGCUAGAGAUGUUUUCAACCGAAUCGACGACAAAAACGUCAUCGUAUGGAGCGCGGUUAUCAGGUGUUACGGAAUGCAUGGUCUUGCUGAUGAGGCACUAACCAUGUUCACUAGUUUGGAAGAAGUUGGCCUGAAACCAGAUGGUGUGAUCUUCUUGAAUCUGUUAUCGACAUGUAGUCAUGCAGGGCUCGUUGCUAAAGGCCGCCAGAUAUACGAAAAAAUGGAGACUUACGGUGUGGAAAGGAAAGAGGAACAUUAUGCGUGCAUGGUGGAUCUCUUAGGUAGGGCUGGUUUUGUUGAUCAAGCAGUCAAGUUCAUUGAGGGCAUGCCAAUGCAGGCGGGGAAAGAUGUGUAUGGCGCGUUGCUUGGCGCUUGUCGAAUACAUAACAACAUAGAAGUAGCCAAAGAAGCUGCGGAGAAGCUGUUCGUUCUGGAUCCCGAAAACGCGGGGCGAUACGUGAUCUUGGCUAGUAUGCAUGAAGAUGCAGGACAGUGGGAAGAUGCUGCAAAACUAAGGAAGUUGCUGAGAGAUAGGAAGAUUAAGAAGCCAGUUGGUUGCAGUUCAAUUGAGAUAGAUAGGAUCCAUCAUGUGUUUGGGAAGGAGGAUGAAUCUCACCCCUUCAGUGAACAAAUUUUUGACACAUUGGAGAAACUAGAAAGGAUAAUGGAGGAAGAUUUUGAACCUGUUUAACUUUAACUUCAGUUAUUCCACACAUUCAAAUGAAAGCAAAAGCUUUUGUGCCAGUUUUUGUAGAAUGCACUUGUAUA